AUGGCAAAAAAUAUAACACAGCCAAAACUUCAAGAUGAUGUGUUUACUGAACGCGUUCGCUUUCUCAAAGAGUUCUUGGAAGCUAAUACUGAAAGCGAUAUAAAUUACAGAACCGAAAUAAGACGUUUACUAGACAACAAUGAAAAACGGCUAAUAAUCAAUUUAAAUGGUUUGAGACGUUAUCAUGCUGAAAAUUCCGAAAGGUUGUUGGAUUUGCCUAAUGAAUGGAUACCCCCAUUUGAAAAAGCACUCAAAGAAGUUGCAAUUAAUAUACAAGACCCAACGAAACAUAAUGUGGAAGAUCAACGUCUCUACGUUGGGUUUACCGGAAAUUUUCGCUACCAUAUUAAUCCAGGAACAUUGAGAUCAUUUCAUUUAGGAAAAUUAAUUAGUAUUGAAGGAAUCGUUUCAAGAUGUUCACUCGUUCGAUUGAAGCUUGCAAAAAGUGUUCAUUAUUGUGAAAAGACUGGUGUCUUCUACUUUAAAGAAUAUCAGGAUUCAACCACCAUAGGAAACCAUGUACCUACCCCACCGGGAUACCCUACGGAAGAUGAAAAUGGCAACCCGCUAACAACAGAAUUUGGUUAUUCCGUGUAUCGCGAUCAUCAAACGAUUUGUCUUCAGGAAAUGCCAGAAAAAGCACACGCUGGACAGCUAUUGAGAUCAGUUGACGUGGUUUUAGAUGAUGAUCUAGUGGAUAAGGUGAAACCCGGAGAUCGGAUUCAGCUUGCAGGUUGUUAUCGGGCAAUUGGUAAACCGGCUCAGGGAUCUUCAUCCGCGACUUUUCGGACCGUCAUUGUUGCUACUAAUAUCACCAUUCUCUCUGGUGAUGUAGGGCGUCAAGUGAUUACGGAUAAAGAUAUAGAGAACAUAGAGAAAUUCAGGAAAGAUCCAAAUAUAUUUGAGAAACUUUCAAGAUCUUUGGCACCCUCUAUAUUUGGACAUGAUAUCAUCAAAAAAGCUAUUUUGCUUAUGUUGUUGGGUGGAAAAGAACAAAAUUUGUCUAGUGGUACUCAUAUAAGAGGCGACAUUAACAUCUUGAUGGUUGGCGAUCCGUCUACCGCGAAAUCACAACUCCUUCGACGAGUACUUAAUAUUGCACCUUUAGCUAUUGCUACAACUGGUCGAGGGUCAUCGGGAGUAGGUUUGACAGCAGCAGUUACUCGAGACAAAGAGACUGGUGAGAGAUGUCUAGAGGCUGGCGCAAUGGUUCUUGGCGAUCGUGGAGUAGUGUGUAUUGAUGAAUUCGAUAAAAUGACUGACAUCGAUCGUGUUGCCAUUCAUGAAGUAAUGGAGCAGCAAACCGUAACGAUUGCCAAAGCUGGUAUUCAUACCUCAUUAAACGCUCGAUGUAGUGUAAUUGCAGCGGCUAAUCCUGUAUAUGGGCAGUACGAUGUUUAUAAAAAUCCUGCUCAAAAUAUUGCUCUUCCAGACUCUUUGCUUUCACGUUUUGAUCUUGUCUUUGUGGUCACCGAUACUUUAAAUGACAGGCAUGAUCGUGAUGUUUCCCAACAUGUUUUGCGUUUGCAUCAAUACCGUCCACAUGAUUUGGAAGAAGGAGUGCCAAUCAAAGAAGAUUCUGGACAAACAUUGUUCAUGGAACAAAACGAAAAUUCUGCUAGGCCAACGUCUAUUUAUCAGCAAUACAAUUUACAGACAGAUGCAAAUAAUAAUGGUCAGGAAGAACCUGAUUUGCGGUCGGAUCGACUCUUUUCAUCUGAAUUUCUUCAAAAAUACAUUCAAUAUGCCAAAAGUCGGGAAGAACCUAAAUUAGGAAAACGCGCGGCCGAUUAUAUUUGUGGGAUAUGGACUUCUCUUCGCAACGAAGUUGAAAGUGAUAAUUUUAAAACUUCGCCUAUGACUCCACGUGCGUUAGACUCACUCUUUCGUCUUGCCACAGCACAUGCAAAAGCACGACUUGCACGAACCGUCACCAAAGCUGACGCUUUGGUGGCUGAAGAAAUAGUAAAGUUCGCUUUGUUUAAAAAGGUGGAAGAAAAACGCAAUAAAAAACAUAAGCCAACUGUAAUAUCGGACGAUGAGGAAGACGACUCUUCUGGUGACGAUAGCAGCUCUCCUAACGACGACAUUAUAGAUAUUAUAGAAAGCAGAAAAAUAAAAAAAAAACAGAAUCGCCGACCAAGAAUUUCAAGAAAAGAUAGGGCGGUAUCAAACAUAGAUUCAUCAAGUGAUGCAGAGUUGCAUCAACAAGGUUCUUCAACCGAAAACGCACUUAUUAUCGGUGAUGAACGAGAGGAUGAAGCUUCAAAUCAAGCCGGUUCAUCGUCUUCAAUGAAUCAUCCGAUGGAUACUGAUGAACCGCAAAAUAGAGCUGACAGUAUUCUCGGUUUCGAUACUCUAGACUUAAAUGAAAUUGACGGAAUAACUUCAUCAAGAUUAAAACAAUUCCAGGAUUUGUUACAUCAAGUGACUUCAAGGUCGGAUUUCGAUGGUCAAAAACUCUUUGAUUCUUUGAUGGAAGAAAUUAAUGAGACUUUGCCGGAAGAUCAGAAAUUUUCUAAAGAAGAGGCAGAAGCUGCAUUAAAUGUUAUGGCGAAGAAAAAUAAAGUGAUGUAUACGGGUGGAAUAGUUUAUACUAUUUGA